AAAUCAAACCUACUUGAAGCCUCAGCAGAGUCUGAAUACUGAUAAGAGAUUCAUUUCUCAAAUGUUCCUACAGACGUCUUCAUCUUCUGAUGAAUCUCUGGAAAAUAAUAACAAACAAGAUCAUUUUUUAGUCUGGACUGAUGAAUCUGGGUCUUAUUAUAACACACACAUCAGAAUCCGUUCAUAAUAAACUCACUUUUUCUUCUCCCACAGAUCUUAAAGUCAUCCUCAGGGAAAAUAGGAAAGUAUAAUUAGAUUGUUUUGUUUAUUUUAUGUUUAUUUUAAGUUUAUAAUAAUUAAAAGACAAAGACAAAGAACUUUUGGAGACUUAGAAAGACUGACUGCAGUUUUUUUCUGAUGCAUUUUACAAAAUUAAAUUGUUUAAUUGUGUUUUUUGUUUGUUUGUUUACUAAAAACUAAUUUAAAUACCAUACCAUAAUCCAAAAACACCUUAAUGGGCGGUCCUUAAAGAAAGUAUUAAAAAUAUUCGCUCUGUUUUGCAUCAUGUAAUACAUUUCUGCAGAUAAGGAACUUUAAAUCAGGUCUGUCUGUUUCAGGGAUGAGUUUUGAUUCUUUAAAUUUCCGUUCAUCCAAAUUGACACUCAGGCUGCAACCACCGUUACACAUUUUAACCAGCAGGUGUCGCUGCAGGGAAACUCCACCCUGUGUUACUACAGGGAUUUCAGGAGAUGCCAAAAAAGAAAUCCAAGAUGGCGGAAUAAACACCAUAACAGACACAAAUGAGGAACUUCAGUCUUUCUGCCCGGCAUAUUUUUUUUGUUUUUCCUUCCACAUUGACUGGGAACUUGUUCUUUCAUUGAUAUUUCUUACAUUCGGCUUCUAAAAAAGUUAAUAUUGACAGGAAGAGCUGGAUGAUGAGUGCUGCUGAGACCAAGUCGACCCUGGAGUCCAGACUGGACGCCCUGCAGAGCCACUUCACCUGGGACCUGGUCUUUGGAAAGUCCAUCCUUGUCCGUCUCAGGGACAAACUGAAGGACAUCGGCACUGAUGAAAGGAACUUCUGGCUGGGUCAUGUUUACAACCUGCAGGGGUUCGUCCACUAUCACAUGGGAUUAGUUGAAGAGGCCCGGAGUUUCCUCAGCAAGGCCACCGAGGCUUUCCAUCAGAUUAGGAAGGGGGACUCAGAUGAGGGUCCCUGGUUGUUGGUGAACUAUGGGAACCUGGCUUGGCUGCACCACUACCUGGGUGAGGAUGAGGAGAGUGAGUCUUACCUGUCAAAGGUGGACGCCCUCAUGAAGGAGUACCCAUCUCCAUCCGAGGACGAGCUCCACCCAGAGGUCUACGCUGAAAAGGCCUGGACCCUGCUGAACUUUGGCAAAGAUGAGAAGAAACAAGCUGCAGAUUAUUUCCAGAGAGCCAUCAGGAUGCAGCCGGACAUGGUGGAGUGGCAGACCAGCUACGUCCUGGGGUUGGUGAACUGGUUCAACCACAAGACGAAUCUGAGCACCGACGUCUUGGUGAAACUGCGAACAGCGUUGGAAAAGGAUCCAGAGAACCCGUAUCUCGCCGUUGAAUGUCUCAGGCAAAAGGCAAAGGAAGGAGAAGACAUAGAGGAUGAAGCUCGUGAGCUGGCUGAAAAAACUUUAAUGAAUCCUGUCGGCAGCUACAGUGGCAUGAAAGCAAUACUGAGGCUCUACAAGGAUUUCAUCUCCUACGAUGACGCCAUUAAUCUGGCAGAGGAGGCUCUGAGGAAGCAUCCAGACGAUCGCUACCUGAAGAGGUGUGCAGCGCUCUGCUACAGAUGGAGGAUCAUGUAUUUUAAGGACACACUCCCAACGCAAAGGAUGCUGGACAGAGCCAUCAGUCUCCACAGGGACCUGAUCUCACUUUACCCCGACUCUGCUCUGGUGAGGAAGAUCGACCUCGCUAAUAUUUAUGGAAAAUCAAGUGAGGGUCUGCACAAAGCAGAGCAGAUCUACCAGGAGCUGCUGGAGGAGGAGAUGGAGCCCUUAGAUAAACAGGUGCUCUACAACUACUACGCCAAAUACUUGGCCUAUGACCGCAACGACAGCAGGAUGUCAAUAGAUUAUCACAUGAAGGCGGCUGAGAUACUUCAACAGAGCUGCAUUCGCGAGAACAGCAUCAAAACGUUGGAGAAGAUCCUGAGACGAGGAAAGAACCGACGGUGCAGGGAGAUCAAGAAGUUUCUGCAAAACCUGCAGGACUAUGAUCCUGUUGAAGCUUUUAAUGGAAGCAGCCCAAACUAAAAAACAAAAUGAAGCAUUUGCACCACUGUCCAUCGGUGAGUUACGAUAUUCAAAUAAAAAAAAUAUGUAUUUUUGUGCGCAGACUGAUGUUCAGGUCUUAAAGGGUUAAAAUAAAAUGGCAUCAACUGGAUCCAACCAGUUAGAGACAUCUACUUGGAAACUUAAAAUCUCUUCUAACUUAAUUUAAAUCUACAACACAACAAAGUGUAAGCAAAGAAGAAAUAUAGUUAAAAUAUUUGACAUGCUUUGAAAUAAAGGUGUGCAGAUAAGAGAUUGUGCCAGAUCUUUCAGUGAUGAGUUUUUCUUCACUUGAUUUCCCUUCAUCCAAAUUGAAACUCAUCGGCUGCAACGACAC